AUGCGCCAGUUUGGACGUCACCUCAGACCUUCUCUAAGGUCUGGGAUACGGCUCUCCAUUCCUGUGGCUGUCGGAUUGGUUUCCUAUGAGUUACACCGUCCUGCCUUCAUUUCGAACGAAGCAUUCCAUCCUAUUGACACAUCAAUUCAUGAGUUGAAGCCGGAGAAAGGUGCCGAUACUUAUGAGAUGGGACUCUACGAGCUGUCUCAGGAGGAGAUUGUGGAUCAAAAUGUACAUUAUCGUCACGAAAAAACCCACACUGGGAAUUGGAUCAAAAGAUUGUUCUGGUACACGAAGUUUUUUGUGGAAGAUUAUGUUGUGGAACCAGUGGUUAUAUUUGGUCGCUUUGUCGAGCUUUCAUGUAUAUUUGUGCCAGUGUUUUUAUUGUAUCCCAUAUGUUUUUUCGGUAAAAGGCAGAAAGGCCUGACGGUUCGUCUGGGGGCGCUAGCCUGGUACAGGAUGUUACGAUGGGCUGCCGAAACUGCAGGUGCUAGUUUCAUCAAAUUGGGCCAAUGGGCAGCUCUGAGAACGGAUAUCUUUUCUAGGGAAAUGUGUAACGAACUUGGGAAUCUCCACUCAAACGCGAAAGCACACCUGCUUCGUGCUACUAAACGAAUCGUAUGCCAGCUGUUUGGAGGAAUGCCUUUCGAAGAAAUAUUUGAUGAAUUUAAUGAUAAACCAGUGGGCGUUGGGGCUAUUGCUCAGGUAUAUGUGGCCAAACUUUCACCAAAAGCUAUACAACAAGCUAAAGACAACGAUCGGGAACAGUGGAAAGCUAAAUCUGAUGCGUUCAUUGACAAAAUAAUGGUCACAGAACAUCAAGAUCCCCUCACAACCAAUCAAAAAGUCGCUAUCAAGGUUUUGCAUCCCAAUGUCGAUAUCAAUAUCAAUCGCGAUUUGAAAAUCAUGUCAUUUUUUGCAAAUUGUAUUGACGUCAUCCCCACUAUGGAGUGGUUAUCUUUGCCAGACGAAGUUGAUCAGUUUGCCAUUUUGAUGAGGCUUCAACUCGACCUUCGUAUCGAGGCUCUCAACUUGGCUAAGUUCCGGGAAAAUUUCAGAAGUCGAUUGGAUAUACAUUUCCCCAAGCCAUACUUGAAUUUCACAACACGUGAUGUUCUCGUGGAGGAGUAUAUUUAUGCUAUUCCCAUUCAAAAAUUUUUGGAUUUAAAAGAAAAUCAUGGGAAAAAUCUUACGAAGGAAAUCAGUGACAAAGGGCUUGAUGCUUUCCUCAAAAUGUUAAUCCUUGACAACUUCGUUCACGCUGAUUUGCAUCCUGGUAACAUGAUGAUUAGAUUCUACAAAAACGAGCACUACAAGCAUGAAAGGGAGUACAAGAUUGUUAAACUGUCAAACGAAAGUGACUCAAAUAGAGUCACAAAGGAAUUGCUUCUGCUACCGAUGUCGAAAUGGGCAGACAAAUUGAAGAAAUUGUACAACCAGGGUUACCAUGCUGAAAUCUGUUUCUUGGAUGCUGGUCUUGUUACAGAAUUGCGUGCCGAAGAUCGCCGCAACUUUAUCGAUUUGUUCAAGGCAUUAGCUGAAUUUGAUGGUUAUCGCGCAGGUGAACUCAUGGUUGAACGGCUGCGCACUCCAGAAACGGUCAUCAACAAAGAAAUUUACGCUCUUAAAGUCGAGAAGUUGGUAGACCGCAUGAAGGAACGUACGUUCACAUUGGGCAGUAUUUCAAUUGGUGAUUUACUCGACCAAGUGCUUGGAAUGGUUCGCACCCAUCACGUCAGAAUGGAAGGUGAUUUUGUUACCGUUAUUGUUGCGAUCCUCUUAUUAGAAGGGAUUGGUCGUCAACUUGACCCUGAUUUGGACUUGUUUGCCAGGUUCGUAUACGCUAUCGUGUGGGGGUUUCCCACCGAAAAUGACAUCUACGGCGGGCUUACUAACUAA